AUGAUUGUCUCAUCUGAUGCUUUUCUAUGGUUACCAUUUGCAAAUCUUGGGUCAAUGUUUGAAACGUUAAAGGAAUCGGCAUUUUCCAAAACGAUAGACUUUAAUGAGCCCUUGUUAAGUAGUCAUGUAUCCAUAUUUGAUACUGGAAAAGAAUUUUUCAAUGGUAUUGCAAAGUUUAUUUCCUCGUCAUUUGAAGAUGAGGAGAAGCUCAGCAUCGCUUCUAGUAUAAGGAAUAUUUUCAAUUUAACCACAACUUCUCCAAAGCCGCUAACAGUAACCAUGAGACCUCCGAAUCGUUUUUUACCCAAGAUAAUUCCUGUGGAUCGUCCAACUACACGUAAACCAGCUGAACCAAUUCCUCAGCCAUUUUCUACUCCGUACACUCCGCCACCAUUCUUUUUCUCGACAACUCCUCCGGAUAUUCCAACUACUUAUAAUCCGAUGCCUAGUUUUCGAUUUACCACAACAACAGAACCAAUUAUCAUCAAAUUCGUCAAGACCCCAAAACCAACGACAAAUCUUCCAAUCGAAUUCGAAACAUCUACUGAAAGAACAAGAUAUGCAACAUUUGCGCCAAAUAUUCGAAUCACCACUACUGAGCCAAAAGAAGCAUACCACACGUUUUCAACUAUACCGGAGACGACAACUACUACAUCUCCAUCGACAACAACAACGACAACCACAACAGCGACGACUACUACGACACCUCAGACAACAACUACGCUAAUUAAGACUCCAAAGAAUGAAGAAUCCCGUGUUUUCACAAAACCAAUUUAUCAAAUUUGGCCAACAACUUCAACCACUACAACAACACCAACUCCAGAUAUUGACUCACAUGGCCGCCUUGAACACACACCACUCUCGUCAAUUAUAAGAGCAAUUAAAGUUUGGAAACAAGUGACUCCAUCGCUUACACCAGACCAUACGACGAGCAUUGUUACGAAUACGCAUCCUGCUGAAACGACAACCCCAAGUUAUGAAUCUAGCACAUUGGACUCUAUGUAUUAUUCUUCCACUGCCGGUAUUCCUUAUAUCAUCAAGUCAAAGAAGUUUACACGACCUCCGGUCAAUGAAAAAAUCCUCGUGACACCUCAACCACUCGAGAAUAAAUAUGAUACCUGUGUAAGCGGUCAGAGAUGUUCUUUGAAACUUAAAAGUUUUGAAACAUCAGACCAAUUAUUCCAAUACUGCUAUAGUCAUUCAACUAUGAUUGAUGAGCAAAUUCAAAGCCUUUUGAAAGACACACAAACUGCAGCUCUACCUGUUCAUAUAUCUUGGACUCAGUCAGUAACACCAGAAGUUUUGACUCUGGUUCAAACAUUGAUGACCAUAUAUAGACCGUCAAGAUGUCUUGUGAUAGGAGUUUUCACUGGUCUUGGUUUGUUGGGAAUUGCAAACCAUGUCGACUCUCGUGGAAUUGUUGUGGCACUUGAGCAUCCAGCAUAUGCGGUGUUUUGGGAGAAAGUGGGCCAAAAGCACGCUAAAAGAUUAAGCACCGCGCAAUUAUCAAGAAUACAAAUCCGUACUUCGGAGAGUAUAGAAAAGUCGCUUCCCCGACUCGCUGCCAAUGAGCCAAACACAUUCGAUUUUGUAUUUAUGGAUGAUUUUAAACGAGAGAAUUAUCUUGACGAUUAUGAGCAUUCAGUACGUCUUUUAAGAAGCGGUGGACUCUUGGUAAUCAAUCAGGCCCUUAGUGGUGGCGGUGUCCUCUCGAGCGUUGAAAAUAUGACAAAUGACGAUAAAGUAAUCCGCAAUAUGAAUAUUAGAAUAAAACAAGAUUCGAGGGUCAUUGCAUCAUUAUUGCCAUAUGGUGGAGGUACAUGGAUCAUAUCGAAAAUUUAA